UCUCAUUUGAAUGGCAAUAGUGUUGUGAAACCGAAACUUUAUUUGGGAAACAAUCCAUACGAUUGUCAUAACGAGAAGUCAUUGCCGGGAAUGCCGAUAGGGAUGUUGUCNAAAAUAGAGGACGAUUUGAUCCGUUCAACCAAAGUAUUCAAAGACAAUUGCGAUAACAAUGGGUUCGCCAGAAGUUGUACUCAAUUUGGUGUCAAUCUUCUCAACGGAACCGGCUGUGCGAAAGACGCGAAGAAAGCGGUCGAGUAUUUGAGCCGCGGAUGCGAUCUGAAUGAUAACGAGGGCUGCUUUUAUACGGGACAACUGCUGUCGGGCGCCGAUCCGCAGUACGCGGGAACCGUUGAGCCCGACAUCAAGAAGUCGGUGAAGAGUCUGGAGAAGGGCUGCGAACUGACGGGCAACGGCUCGAUCGCCGCCGAGUGUUGUUUUUAUUUGCACUCCUUUUAUCUCUUCGGCAAAAACGGCUGCGAAAAGGAUUUGCCGAAAGCGUUGAAGUAUGGGAUCAAAGGAUGCGAUUUAGAUAACGUCCAGUCGUGUAAUAAUUUGAGUCAAAUGUAUGCCUUAGGGACGGGCACUGCCGUCGAUGAGGUGUUGGCCAAGAAGUAUCGCAUUAAGAGUAUAGAUAUGAUGGAACAGAUGAGGAAUGCGAGACAUAUUGACACACAAAGAACUUGA